AUGAACGGGCACGCCAGCACAACCAACAUGGUAAUUAAACUUUUUUAGCAUAAUUUGAGAUAGCAAUAAACUACAUACGUUGAAAGUUCAGCACUUGAAAGACUAAAAAACAUUCAAAAUUUGAUCAAACGAAAUUGGCAAGGAGUAUAAGCAGAUCACUCUGGUCGACCUGUUUUUAAAGGAAUAAAAGAAAAUCAGUUACUUUCAAAUUUUCAGCCUACCCAAGGUUAUUCUAAGAGCUACUAAGUGGAGAGUGGUGAGCUACUUUAUAAGAUAUUUAGAGGAGAAACUAGACUAGAGAAAUAUGGCAGACAUAAUUUCGAUUUUAUUCCCGAUACAUAUGUCCUCCCUGAUGAGUUUGGAGAAUUUUAUGCACAUUAUCAAAAACUUAAAGCUAAUGAUCCAAAAAGAAACAUUUGGAUUGUAAAACCAGCCAAUCUCUCAAGAGGUAGAGGUAUUUAUCUUGUUGAUGAUAUCUCUGAGGUAAAUGUUGAUGAUAUAUCAGUUAUUAGCAAAUAUAUAUAAAAUCCCCUGCUAAUUAAUGGCCAUAAAUUUGACUUGAGAAUUUAUGUAGCAGUGACAAGUUUUGAUCCUUUAAGGAUUUACGUGUAUAAAGAGGGUUUAGCAAGAUUUGCAAGUGAAUAAUACUCAAAUAAAGUAAACAAAGAUAAUAAGUUCAUGCAUCUAACUAACUACAGUGUGAACAAGAAAAAUGAAAACUUUGUUCAGAAUGAGAACUUGGAAAAUGAUGAUUUUGGUUUUAAGUGGAGUCUCAGUGCUUUCUGCAAGCAUCUAGAAACAAUAGGUAUAGAUAUGAAUCUAUUUUGGUCAAGGAUAUUUGAUGUUAUAAUUAAGAGUAUUAUAAGCGGAGAGAAUCACAUUUUCAAUGCUUUAAAGAAAACAUGUAUUCAUAGAAGUAACUGCUUUGAAUUAUUUGGCUAUGACAUUCUUAUUGACUCAGAUUUAAAGCCAUGGCUAAUUGAAAUUAACUUAUCACCAUCUUUAGCCUGCGAAAGUGUUAAAAAAUUUGAUAGAAAAGUUGAAAGCUAAAAUAAGAUGAAAAAUAGAAUGAAAUCUUAUUUUAAUAGGGGUAAAUCACUAAAUACGAGAUAUGCUCAUAUUUUCAAUCCAUUAAAAGAAAAAAAUACUUUUUAAGGUGGUGUUUUUCACAUUGGAGGAAUGCCUACUAACCAGUAAAAUCAUGACUCUUAUUAUCAAUAGCCAAACUCUGCUGUACUCUAGUUGAUUGAUAAAUCUUAUCAAGAAAUUGACUUAGAUAAAAUAUAAGGAAUUGCUAAGAGAAACUAUUUCGGAAUAUAAUAGAAAAGGCAAUUUUAUGAGUUAAUAGCUCUAAAAAUAAGAGAUGUACCUAAACUAAAUUACAAAUUAGACAUUCCAUAAUCUUAUGAAUACUAUAAAAAUAAAGUAAAGAAUUAAACAGGCAGUAAAGAAAUUGAAGAAUCAUUUUAAUUGUUAGAGAAAGAAACUGUGACUAGAAAUGACAGCAAUAAUAAAGGUGAUGAAAAAUUGCAUGAUCAUAAGAAUAUGAACUUUAUUUCGUAGAGACCUACACUAUUGGCAAAAGAAUCAAUUGACAAAAAAUAAGAAAAUGAAGCAGAUCAAAGUAUGGUAUCUUUAAACAAAGGGGAAAAAGUAUUAAUUACAGGUGAUGAUAUCUUGAUUGAAUAUUGCGAAAGAUUGAUGAAUAGUUUAAAACAUAUAAACGAAACCCUGCUAAAAGUUAGUUGGAGAACUUGUCUAGAUAAAUUUAUAAAUCAUAAAGUAUGGCAUAAUAGUGAACUUAAGUCUGAAGGUAACCUUAGGCCAAAUAUUUGGUAAAAAUUAGAUAACAGACUUUAGGAAAUGAUAGAAAGACUUUCCGAGUUUGAAAAUGGUUAUAAGAACUUAAUAGCAAGAAAAAAUUCAAUAAUCAAAAAAUUCUAUAAUCCCUAAUUAGAAAAUUUCUUGAGAACAUCAACAAAGAAUGUUGCAUAAGAAGUAGUAAACUGUCUUAUUCCUUUUUAAAAAGGUAUGGGAGUUUUAGUUGAGAUUGAUUAAAUAUACAAUAUAACAAUGAAAUAGAGGUAAUCUAAUGAGGAAAGAAAAAAAAAUAGUACUGACACUGAAAAUAGCAUGGCAAACGCAGAAACAGAGGAUGAAGAAUUAAGUUUCAUUCAUCAUUAAAAUAGACUUUUAGGAAAAAAGCCAUCAAAAAAGAUUAUAUUUAAUGGCCCAUUAUAAGACUCGAUGCUUAUUAAAGAAACUAAAAGCAACAAUUUUUUUAAAGAUUCUUUGAAUAAGUAGUAUGCCUCCUAAAUCAGCAAAUCAAAAUCUAAGACCCAAAUAAUUAGGAUAAAGGAGUAAUGA